GCACACGCAGCCCCGCCCCUGCAGAGAUCGCCGCUGGGACGGACCCAGGGCUGCUCUCAAAUCCGGAAUGUGAGGCCUCGGCCCGCCUGGUCCCGGCUCUUUGGCCAGCUCUGCACACGGGCCUGCGCCCGCUGCCACCGCCCCCAGCUCACCCGGAGGAGCCAGGGCGGCCGCGCCCUUCUGCCGUGUGCCCGCGUGGCCAACGCCGUCUUUCCGAAUCCUCCGGGGCCGCAGAGGAGUUCGCUACGGAGGGAGGCGGGGGCCUUCGGGAGGAGGAGGCGGAGGAGGCGGAGGAGGAGGGAAGGAAGAUGGCGGCCGUGGAACUAGAGUGGAUCCCAGAGACUCUCUACAACACCGCCAUCUCCGCUGUCGUGGAUAACUACAUCCGCUCCCGCCGAGACAUCCGCUCCUUGCCCGAGAACAUCCAGUUCGAUGUUUACUACAAGCUGUACCAACAGGGACGCUUAUGUCAACUGGGCAGUGAAUUUUGUGAAUUGGAAGUUUUUGCUAAAGUAUUGAGAGCUUUGGAUAAAAGACAUUUGCUUCAUCAUUGUUUCCAGGCUUUGAUGGAUCAUGGUGUGAAAGUUGCUUCUGUCUUGGCCUACUCAUUCAGUAGACGGUGCUCUUAUAUAGCAGAAUCAGAUGCUGCAGUAAAGGAAAAAGCCAUUCAGGUUGGCUUUGUUUUAGGUGGCUUUCUUUCAGAUGCAGGGUGGUACAGUGAUGCCGAGAAAGUUUUUCUUUCCUGCCUUCAGUUGUGUACUCUACAUGAUGAGAUGCUUCACUGGUUUCGUGCAGUAGAAUGUUGUGUGAGAUUGCUUCACGUGCGAAAUGGAAACUGCAAAUAUCAUUUGGGUGAAGAAACAUUUAAGUUAGCUCAGACAUAUAUGGAUAAACUCUCAAAACAUGGCCAGCAAGCAAACAAAGCUGCACUCUAUGGAGAACUGUGUGCACUCCUGUUUGCAAAAAGUCACUAUGAUGAGGCAUACAAAUGGUGCAUUGAGGCAAUGAAGGAGAUCACAGCAGGCUUACCAGUCAAAGUCGUGGUGGACGUUUUAAGACAAGCCUCUAAGGCUUGUGUUGUAAAACGUGAAUUUAAGAAGGCAGAACAGUUAAUUAAACAUGCAGUGUAUUUGGCACGGGAUCAUUUUGGAUCCAAACACCCAAAAUAUUCUGAUACACUGCUAGAUUAUGGGUUCUACUUACUCAAUGUAGAUAAUAUCUGUCAGUCUGUUGCAAUUUAUCAGGCAGCCCUUGACAUUCGGCAGUCAGUGUUUGGUGGCAAAAAUAUCCAUGUAGCAACAGCUCAUGAGGACUUGGCUUAUUCUUCUUAUGUUCACCAGUAUAGCUCUGGCAAAUUUGACAAUGCGCUAUUUCAUGCAGAAAGAGCUAUUGGUAUCAUUACCCACAUUCUACCUGAAGAUCAUCUUCUUUUGGCUUCUUCAAAGAGGGUGAAAGCGCUUAUUUUAGAAGAGAUUGCAAUUGACUGUCACAAUAAAGAAACUGAACAGAGGCUGCUUCAAGAAGCUCAUGAUUUGCACCUGUCUUCACUCCAGCUAGCUAAAAAAGCUUUUGGGGAAUUUAAUGUACAGACUGCAAAACACUAUGGAAACCUUGGAAGACUUUAUCAGUCAAUGAGAAAAUUUAAGGAAGCUGAAGAAAUGCACAUCAAAGCAAUUCAGAUUAAAGAACAACUACUUGGUCAAGAAGAUUAUGAAGUAGCCCUUUCAGUGGGACAUCUGGCUUCUUUAUAUAAUUAUGACAUGAAUCAGUAUGAAAAUGCUGAGAAGCUUUAUUUGCGAUCUAUAGCAAUUGGGAAGAAACUGUUUGGUGAAGGCUACAGUGGACUAGAAUAUGAUUACCGAGGUCUCAUUAAACUUUACAACUCCAUUGGGAAUUACGAGAAAGUGUUUGAAUAUCACAACGUUCUGUCUAACUGGAACCGGUUGCGAGAUCGGCAGUAUUCUGUGACCGAUGCUCUCGAAGACGUCAACACCAGCCCCCAGUCCACUGAAGAAGUGGUGCAGUCCUUCCUGAUUUCUCAGAAUGUCGAGGGACCGAGCUGCUGAGGGAGGACCUCAGUUAACCAAUUACCUUUUCCCAGAUUCCAGGGAAUUCAUACUGUGAAGUCAAAACCAUGUUGUUUUUUGGGGCUGGAAUUUACAUUGAAACACUGGUCCAGUCCAUUGACCCUAUUUGGGUGAUCCCUAUCUUGCAGAGUGUCUGUAGGAAUAAGCAUAUAUUCAGUUAUAUUCAGCAUGUACCGCAUGUAUAAGUAGUCUGGCCCAUAUUUUCAACCUAGUAGAACAAACAACAGGAUUUUUUUUUUUCUUUUUAAAAAAAUAAUUCAUUUUGCAGAAAGCCUGAAAGAAAAAGAGAACCCCUAAAUAAACUAUUUAAGAGUUUAAAAGAGUUGCAUUCUUAUUAUGUAAGGAUGAUUUUAACAACUUUUUAACGUAUAAUUCUUCCUUGAGGAGGUAUUCAAUACUGUAUUGUAAAGACAUUUUAUGGGGAAAAUCUUUAUAUGCAGUAUAGAAAAGCUAACACAAGUACUAAUAGAAGAGGGACAUCCUGACUUAGGUUUGGCUGUCUUACCCAGAGAAGUGGAUGCAACCACUCCAGAGCUCUAUUACAAGGGAAGAACUGUCAGAUUCAUCUAAACUGGACCAGUGUUGAUCUGUAAGUAGUAGAAAAGCUGAUAAACCAGCAGUUUUAACUCUUCAGUUGUUUUGGUUUUGUUGUAUUUUUGGGGGGUACAAAAACACAAGAUGCUCUGAUAGCAUUUGCUAACAGGACCAGGAGGAUCUGAAAAGGACCAGCCUAAAAUAGAAAGGGGUUAUUUGGACCAGAGGCUUUAGAUUAUUAUUUUAGCCCCUGCCUGUACUUCUGUCGGUAGGAUGAUUUCAUUGAAAUGUGUAAAAAAACUGAUAAUGCAAAAAUCAUAUUCAUGUUGUAGACACCCAACUAGGGAGAUUUGGUGAUUUCAGUCAAGGUACACAGAUGAAAAUGCCAUAAGCAAGUCUAUAAAUAUCUGUGCAGCCAUCCCCCCUCAUUUUAAAUGUUACCUUAAUAAUCAACACAUUAGCAAGUAAUAUUGGCUAAGAGUCAUUAAAUAGCUCAUAUCCAGGUCAAAAUUUUAGGUUACUGUAGUUUAUGAGGAUUAAUGAAAAAAAUGAAUUCCCAAAAAUAAGCAAGUCUUAGAAAUCCUUCAUGUUUAUGGUAAAUAAUAGUGCAACUAGGUCAUUUUAUUUGAAAUUCAAGAGUCAAAUGGGAAAGAUUCCCCUGAUGAUAUGUAUCUGUUUUACUAACUUGUCUUUGUUUGUUGAGUUUUGAUUUUUUUUUUUAAGCCAGUUAGGUUAUUUAAUAUUGAGGUAAUAUGCCGAUUUGAGAAAUUGUGACAUGUAGCUGUCUGAGAAACAAAGGUCUUUUGCUGUUACCUCAGUUCUUAUUAUAGUGGCCUAUUUGGUGCCUCUAUAGUUAAGAAUCAGGGUUUUCCCCCCUAUUUUCAGGGGUUCACGACUUGGCUGUCAGAGAUGUUGCUCCUGGCUGAUGCUCGGAGUGGGCUGUGGGUGAGUGGAUGUGUGCUCAAUUUUGGUUUUCUUUUAACAGGCAUGUUGGAGUGGGAAGGGGAAAAAGUCAAAACUGUCCACCACAUUUGAGUACAGAAAAAGUAAUUGGAAAUUUCAGAUAAAUUUGAUUUUAAACAGUUUUUUUACCUUCCCAAAUACAACCUCAUUUAAAUUUGUUAUUUGCUGUCUUGUUAGUUAUGAGCCAGUGUUUUUAAGUCCCCAGGAGGAGACUGACUAGGGGAGGUACCUAAAGAGAUGAAGCAAGCCCAGACCCUAAGAUUAUAGAUAACUCUAUGUGAUUGGGAAACCUGGGUUCAAUCCUUAAGUUGAAUUCUUUUUCAUUUUGAAAAGAGUAUAUUAGUCCACCUGUACCUGUACCUCCCCUCCCAGUUAAUUGCAGUCUAAUGCCAAGAGGCACCUCUUUAUUAAUUACCAAAUAGUCUGUGUGACCAAGGACUAACAUUUUUAGGUUACUCAACUCUGUCCUCAUGGGCUUAUAUAUUUAAUACCUCCAAAGAUUUAUUUUAAGGAUAGGCUUUGUAUACUUCCGUUGGUUAUUUAGAGUCCUGUGGUAUGUUUGUGCUAUAGGAAUGUCAUGGUAAAUUGUUUUUCAAUAAAUAUUUUAAAACUUAUGUUUCCAUAUGAAGUUUUUUUUUUUUUUUAAUCCAAAUUUUUUGUUUUGUGCACAUAUAGUAUUUCCUAGGAUAAAAUCAAGCAGAUGACUUAAGGCCUCAUCUUUGAUUUGGUUUGAACUCAGCUUAGCUCAUAUUCAGUGAGAAAGCAACAUGUUAUUUAGAAACAUAGGAUCGCAGGGUGAUAAUGUUAAGUGGCAGCCAGUUUUUCUUUAAAAAAAAAAAUCGUUAUUGGUAGUUUCCCCAUAUUACCACUGCUUUAAUGUAGUUUUCUAUAAAUCCAUAUGUGCUGACUUAAUUGCCAGUUUCUGUUAGUGAUGUAACUUAAUAUGCUUUUACUUCUGGUUCUAAUGAAGAGGCAUACCUAAAUAAUUUUAAGUGUGGGAUUUAUCCUUUUAGUCGGGAUAUUUAGGAUAAGUUAUCAUCACGAUUUAUGGGGUUAAAAAAAUCUCGAAGAAAAUAAUAAAAUGUACCUCACAAUAGCCAAUUGCUUGAACAAACUUUUCAUCUAUGAUGGGGUUGUGUGUCAAGAAGCCUAGGUCAACUUAAAAGACUUUUCUGGCCGUUCAGCAAAGUAAUGUUAAAUAAGGGGCCUUUGGUCUCAUCUUUUCUUGACUUUCAUUUUUUUCUCUCUUACCCAGUCUUUUUCCUAAAGUUUGGUGCUACUCAAGUUGGGUGCAUCAGGGAGCUCUGUAACGCUCACUUGCCAUUCGGGUGGUCAGUCACUCCUGCGUCGGUUUAAGAGAGCCGAUUGGGUUUUUUAGACCUUAAUUUUUAUGGAUCCCCAAAGCAUUAGGACCCUUCUCACCAUCUAAGCUCUGUCAGCAAAAUAUGAACUCCCUAUUGCUUUGGAGUAACCCCCAUACAGGUGUGCUUUCAUUUAUGAAAAUAAAAUAUUUGAUAAAGACCUUUGCUCUUAGUCUAUAUGGGAAGAGUUUGUAAUAUGAAAAUCAGGUCCAAUGACUGCAGUUUUACAAAUAAUGUCACUUGGCUACUCCUUGCAGUGCAGCCAGAUGCUAAACAAUAAACCUAGGACAUGAUUGAAGCUCUUGGCCAUACCCCACAGACUGAAAGAAUGGUUUGCCAAGUAGCAGGUGCAGCCCUCCCCUUCCAAAAGUAGAAAGUUCCUGCGAAACCUCUGUAAGCCAAAAUGGAUGAACAGCAAAGAGGCAGUUACCUUGGGACAUAUCUUGCUAACAGAUGCACAAGAAAUCGAAAUAAAGCACAGAAGUUUGCACAGUUGAGGCUACGAUGACUUGACGCUGAGAUGCUGAGUGUAGUUCCAGGAAAGGAGCUUGGCGGUGCCACUCUUGCUGCUCAGGGUGCUGCUGCCUCUGUAACAGCUGUCUGCAAAAUACCCUCUGUGUGCUAUUUUGGCUUUUCAAAACCUUUUUUCAUAAAAGUGAAAAUCCUUUUCUGCUGUCUUUUGGUUGGUGGAGACAGAUGCUAAUGUAGGUCUUUCAUAAAACCCAAGUGGCAUAAAGUGAACUUUUCAAAAAGCAGGAGAUACAUGUAUGACUGCCACUCAGUUUUACUCUUUUUCCCCUGAAUUUAUAGCCUUGCUACUUCCAAACUGUUCUUGCUUCUGGAUGGCAAAGUUACUACUGGAAAGAUAUCUGUAAGUAAAAAAUGUUUUUAAAGAGUUUUAUUUUUGCUUUAGGAAUUAACAUAUGUAUUUCACCUCUUGACUUUGGAGGACCUCAGUUCUUGCUAGGAAAUUCCUUUUUUUUAAUCUGACAUUUGAAUUAAUCUCCAGCUUGAACGCUAGUAGUUGUCCACAAAUCUCAGGAAUGUUUUAGGCAGAAAACUGGUUUUACCCUGUUGGUGAUCUGAAGGAGUGUGCUUUAGGAUUUUUUAAAUAAUGCUCUUCUUUAAUUGCAAUCCUAGGCAUCUAUAGCAUGAGUGGCCUUAGUGAGUUUGUUAAAGUGCACAUUUUUUUUUCAAAAGUAAAAUUUAAGAUUAAAAAUAUAUGCUAUAUAUAGAUAUCUAGAAAACUUGGUUUGUGGUGCACAAGUUAAGUGUUGGGUCACUAAAUAACUUUGCAGGUACCAUUCGUGUAACAUUACUCAUUUCUGUAGAUUUCCUUUUCUGGGAAGACAUGUUGCCAUGGUAACUAAAACUUUUCAGUUUCGUUUUCCUUUUAUGAUGUGAAUGAAUGCUAUGUUUAUUAAAUAUUACCAGGUCAGUACUAUUUUUAUACUUUAUUAAGCUACAGGGGAUUUUAGUUUAAUAGACUCGAAAUUAAAAGCUCUUAAUGAAAACAUUAAGCAAAUCACUAUCAACUCUUUACAUGAAAAUCCCCACUAAUAGUGCCACAGUGAUUUCUAGAGAAAUAUCUAAGGUCAUUGAUAGAUUUUUUUUUUUAAGACAGUUCUUCAUUGUGUCAGAAAUGACCUUUCGUAUAAUCCUUAUCACGAACUUGUAGUGCCCACCGUUGUUUGUAACCAUGAAACCAUACUAAGUAUGUUUGUAACCAGCAUUGUGAUAUAUUCUGUACUUGUAUUGCUAAAAAUGAAUUAUUGACUUAAUAAAUAUAGUGUUCCUGCA